ACAAAACACAAUACGCUAGUGCCGAAGCUCGCUCCUGAUCAGUCUGUCUCUUUCACGCUACAAGCAAAUAAUUCCCCUUCUGCUUUCUUCCGUACUGCUUUCAUAUACCGCUCCCCUACCCAACUUAGUGACGAAACGGCCUCACCUAGUACCAUAGACCCGUCUUGCUCAGUUCCAGACCAUUAUUUUAUCGGCAUUUCAUAAAAUCGUUUUAUUAGGUUUUAUGUUACUUCUAAAUUCUAGUUUUUCUUUCGCGAAUAGAUUGUAGUUUUGAGGCGCUUACCAGUGGGUGAAAAGCAAAGAUGGGCUCCAACGGGGAUCUGGAACACAAGCGAUUAGUUUUGAGGGAAAUAAUCGACAAAGAUACAAAAGCUGCGGAUCUACGGAUAUCAUUAUUCGUGGCCGCCGCCAAAUCAUACAAGUAUGACUCGUGUUUACAACCAUUUCCACCGAAAUUUCUGGUUAAUAAGGAAAAAAACAUCCAGAAGUUGAAACGAAUAUUGGAUGAGCUGCCUUCACUGAAUGAAUUAGAACUAUCAAAGCUGAGUGAGGACUCAUUACACCUUCUUCACUGGAUCAUUUGCAUCCAAAAUGAGCCUGGCUUACGAACAGUGCCAAAACCUGAAUUUGAUUCAAUACUUGCCAAAGCCCCGUGCUUGGUCUCAUUCCAGAGACCUCACGCAAUAUUUGAAGUGCUUCAUCGAACGGAUGCACCCUCCGAGAAGGCGUUCCAGCGAAAUUUGCACCAAUUCAACUCUUCCUAUGCUUACCACGGAAGUAAACUUUUUAAUUUUUACUCGAUUUUGAACUACGGAUUGCAGCAGCAUCUGAACAAGACUGCGCUGUUUGGGGAAGGACUUUAUCUCUCGGCAGAGCUGCACGUUAGUGAAAUGUUUGCGCCUUUUGGUUCGAGCUGGUCCGAAUCGGCACUAGGGAAUCUGCUCGCUUGUACUGUCCUCUGUGAAUAUGUAGAUAAUCCCGCUUAUGUCAAGUGCCAGAUAGAGAAUCAACAGUCUGUGAUACCCGAGAAAUACAUACUGAUCAAAAAUAACGAUCUGGUUCAGAUUAGAUAUUUACUAGUUUACGGAACUAAGCGAGCUGCGAUAGCCAGUAUAAAAGAAUCAUUUGGAAGCAGGACUUCUACACUUCGUUCGCUGGAUGUGAACAGGAAUCAUGCAGCACCAAAAAAUCGUUGCAUACGUUGGAUGACGGCGAACAAAAGCUGGUUGCUAGCUGGUGGAUAUUUCCUUAUGCUGUUUGCGGUUGGAUUCAUGAAUAGUCGGAAUGCACAUUAUAUGAAGCAGAUGUUCAUGCAGAAAAUAAAUCACAUGUGUAAUACACUGUUUGGCAAUAUUGGUGAAACACAACGAGCCUAGAGAAGAUAAGAACUGGGUGAAAAAUGUUGCUAUAUUAUUUGCAGGUACAAAGAAUGGGUUAUUAAGAAA